UCUGUAUUUUUGUGGAAGUGAAAUGAUUUUUAGAAUUCUUAGUGGUUCUCUUCUUUAGGAGAACAUUUCUAGGGAAUAAUACAAGAAGAUUUAAAUGGCAUAAAACCUUGGAAUGGACAAACUCAGAAUGGUGCUACAUGAAAACUCUGGAUCUGCAGACUUUAGAAGAUGUUCUGCCCAUAUAAGUUCCUUCACUUUUGCUGUAGUCGCUGUUCUCAGUGCCUGCUUGGUCACUAGUUCUCUUGGAGGAAAAGACAAGGAGCUGAGGCUAACGGGUGGUGAAAACAAGUGCUCUGGAAGAGUGGAGGUGAAAGUGCAGGAGGAGUGGGGAACUGUGUGUAAUAAUGGCUGGAACAUGGAUGUGGUCUCUGUUGUUUGUAGGCAGCUGGGAUGUCCAACUGCUAUCAAAGCCACUGGAUGGGCUAAUUCUAGUGCAGGUUCUGGACGCAUUUGGAUGGAUCAUGUUUCUUGUCGAGGGAAUGAGUCAGCUCUCUGGGACUGCAAACAUGAUGGAUGGGGAAAGCAUAACUGUACUCACCAACAGGAUGCUGGAGUAACCUGCUCAGAUGGAUCUGAUUUAGAGAUGAGGCUGGUGAAUGGAGGAAACCGGUGCUUAGGAAGAAUAGAAGUCAAAUUUCAAGGACGGUGGGGAACAGUGUGUGAUGAUAACUUCAACAUAAAUCAUGCUUCUGUGGUUUGUAAACAACUUGAAUGUGGAAGUGCUGUCAGUUUCUCCGGUUCAGCUAAUUUUGGAGAAGGUUCUGGACCAAUCUGGUUUGAUGAUCUUGUAUGCAAUGGAAAUGAGUCAGCUCUCUGGAACUGCAAACAUGAAGGAUGGGGAAAGCACAAUUGCGAUCAUGCUGAGGAUGCUGGAGUGAUUUGCUUAAAUGGAGCAGACCUGAAACUGAGAGUGGUAGAUGGAGUCACUGAAUGUUCAGGAAGAUUGGAAGUGAAAUUCCAAGGAGAAUGGGGGACCAUCUGUGAUGAUGGCUGGGAUAGUGAUGAUGCCGCUGUGGCAUGUAAGCAACUGGGAUGUCCAACUGCUGUCACUGCCAUUGGUCGAGUUAACGCCAGUGAGGGAACUGGACACAUUUGGCUUGACAGUGUUUCUUGCCAUGGACACGAGUCUGCUCUCUGGCAGUGUAGACACCAUGAAUGGGGAAAGCAUUAUUGCAAUCAUAAUGAAGAUGCUGGUGUGACAUGUUCUGAUGGAUCAGAUCUGGAACUGAGACUUAAAGGUGGAGGCAGCCACUGUGCUGGGACAGUGGAGGUGGAAAUUCAGAAACUGGUAGGAAAAGUGUGUGAAAGAGGCUGGGGACUGAAAGAAGCUGAUGUGGUUUGCAGGCAGCUGGGAUGUGGAUCUGCACUCAAAACAUCAUAUCAAGUUUAUUCCAAAACCAAGGCAACAAACACAUGGCUGUUUGUGAGCAGCUGUAAUGGAAAUGAAACUUCUCUUUGGGACUGCAAGAAUUGGCAGUGGGGUGGACUUAAUUGUGAUCACUAUGACGAAGCCAAAAUUACCUGCUCAGCCCACAGGAAACCCAGGCUGGUUGGAGGGGACAUUCCCUGCUCUGGUCGUGUUGAAGUACAACAUGGAGACACAUGGGGCACCGUCUGUGAUUCUGACUUCUCUCUGGAGGCGGCCAGCGUGCUGUGCAGGGAACUACAAUGCGGCACUGUGGUUUCCCUCCUGGGGGGAGCUCACUUUGGAGAAGGAAGUGGACAGAUCUGGGCUGAAGAAUUCCAGUGUGAGGGGCACGAGUCCCACCUUUCACUCUGCCCAGUAGCACCCCGCCCUGACGGGACAUGUAGCCACAGCAGGGACGUCGGCGUAGUCUGCUCAAGAUACACACAAAUCCGCUUGGUGAAUGGCAAGACCCCAUGUGAAGGAAGAGUGGAGCUCAACAUUCUUGGGUCCUGGGGGUCCCUCUGCAACUCUCACUGGGACAUGGAAGAUGCCCAUGUUUUAUGCCAGCAGCUUGAAUGUGGAGUUGCCCUUUCUAUCCCGGGAGGAGCACCUUUUGGGAAAGGAAGUGAGCAGGUCUGGAGGCACAUGUUUCACUGCACUGGGACUGAGAAGCACAUGGGAGAUUGUCCCGUCACUGCUCUGGGUGCAUCACUCUGUUCUUCAGGGCAAGUGGCCUCUGUAAUCUGCUCAGGAAACCAGAGUCAGACACUAUCCCCGUGCAAUUCAUCAUCCUCGGACCCAUCAAGCUCUAUUAUUUCAGAAGAAAAUGGUGUUGCCUGCAUAGGGAGUGGUCAACUUCGCCUGGUCAAUGGAGGUGGUCGUUGUGCUGGGAGAGUAGAGGUCUAUCAUGAGGGCUCCUGGGGCACCAUCUGUGAUGACAGCUGGGACCUGAAUGAUGCCCAUGUGGUGUGCAAACAGCUGAGCUGUGGAUGGGCCAUUAAUGCCACUGGUUCUGCUCAUUUUGGGGAAGGAACAGGGCCCAUUUGGCUGGAUGAGAUAAACUGUAAUGGAAAAGAAUCUCAUAUUUGGCAAUGUCACUCACAUGGUUGGGGGCGGCACAAUUGCAGGCAUAAGGAGGAUGCAGGAGUCAUCUGCUCAGAGUUCAUGUCUCUGAGACUGAUCAGUGAAAACAGCAGAGAGACCUGUGCAGGGCGCCUGGAAGUUUUUUACAACGGAGCUUGGGGCAGCGUUGGCAAGAAUAGCAUGUCUCCAGCCACAGUGGGGGUGGUAUGCAGGCAGCUGGGCUGUGCAGACAGAGGGGACAUCAGCCCUGCAUCUUCAGACAAGACAGUGUCCAGGCACAUGUGGGUGGACAAUGUUCAGUGUCCUAAAGGACCUGACACACUAUGGCAGUGCCCAUCAUCUCCAUGGAAGAAGAGACUGGCCAGCCCCUCAGAGGAGACAUGGAUCACAUGUGCCAACAAAAUAAGACUUCAAGAAGGAAACACUAAUUGUUCUGGACGUGUGGAGAUCUGGUACGGAGGUUCCUGGGGCACUGUGUGUGACGACUCCUGGGACCUUGAAGAUGCUCAGGUGGUGUGCCGACAGCUGGGCUGUGGCUCAGCUUUGGAGGCAGGAAAAGAGGCAGCAUUUGGCCAGGGGACUGGGCCCAUAUGGCUCAAUGAAGUGAAGUGCAAGGGGAAUGAAACCUCCUUGUGGGAUUGUCCUGCCAGAUCCUGGGGCCACAGUGACUGUGGACACAAGGAGGAUGCUGCUGUGACGUGCUCAGAAAUUGCAAAGAGCCAAGAAUCCCUACAUGCCACAGGUCACUCAUCUUUUGUUGCACUUGCAAUCUUUGGGGUCAUUCUGUUGGCCUGUCUCAUCGCAUUCCUCAUUUGGACUCAGAAGCGAAGACAGAGGCAGCGGCUCUCAGUUUUCUCAGGAGGAGAGAAUUCUGUCCAUCAAAUUCAAUACCGGGAGAUGAAUUCUUGCCUGAAAGCAGAUGAAACGGAUAUGCUAAAUCCCUCAGGAGACCACUCUGAAGUACAAUGAAAAGGAAAAUGGGAAUUAUAACCUGGUGAGUUCAGCCUUUAAGAUACCUUGAUGAAGACCUGGACUGUUGAAUGAGCAAGAAUCUGCCUCUUACACUGAAGAUUACAAUACAGUCCUCUGUCUCCUGGUAUUCCAAAGACUGCUGCUGAAUUUCUAAAAAAUAGAUUGGUGAAUGUGACUACUCAAAGUUGUAUGUAAGACUUUCAAGGGCAUUAAAUAAAAAAGAAUAUUGCUGA